CUGAAGAUCGGCAGCUCCGCUUUGUGCUAGCUUCGAGUAAAAGAAAAAACAAUCAAAUACUAACGGAGUUGCGCCUUUCAUCACAUUAACUGCCUAACACCCAUAAAAAAGAAGCCUUUGCUCCUACGCUAAAUCUCUUCAAAAAUAUCUGCAAUGGUCUUUCCGUUAUGGAUAACAGUGACAUCGCUAAUUUUAAUAGUAGCAACCGGAAUAUUUUUAAGCUUGCUUCACCGGCGCCGUCAACACGGAUUCUUCAGAAAGUAUGGCAUUCCUGGUCCAGAGCCCGACCUGUUAUCAGGUAACUACAUGCAGUUGAAAAAAGAUCGUAUUGAGGUGAUGGAGGGUUGGAUCAAGAGGUACGGCAAGGUAUUUGGUUUCUACUUGGGAGAAAGACCUUACAUGGUGGUCACGGACUUGGACGUCAUCAAAGAGUGUUUCAUAAAAGAAACCAACAACUUCUACAACCGACCCAACAUAUUUCUCGAUUUUGAACCUUUCCGAAGCUCCCUUAUAGGACUUUCGGGCUUCGAGUGGAAGAAAGUCCGCUCAGCGCUGAACCCCAGCUUCAGCGCUUCAAAGAUGAAAAUGAUGACUCACACAAUGAGCCAGUGCGUAGAAGAAAUGAUCGAGGUAUUGCGGGAACACGCGGACAGGGGUGAAGCGGCGAACAUGCUCGACGUUUCCCAAGGCCUCACGCUUGAUGUCAUUGCCAAAUGCGCACUGGCGUGGCAGGUAGAGUGCCAAAGAAACGUCACCGAUCCCAUGUUGCGGGCAGUCAGAAAAGUAUUCUUGGAUCUGGACAGCGCACUUGUCGACGGCCUGGUUUGUUUUCCUCCACUCCGCCAGGCAAUCGAGUGGGUAUAUCCCUACUCCAGCUACCACGAUGUGACGAAGCAGAUAACCGACAACUUAAGCAAGGUCAUUGACCUUCGCCGAAAGAAGCAAGGAUCCAGGCCGACCGACAUGUUGCAGUUGAUGUUAAACGAUCAGGAGGACCACGAAAACGCCGCCUCAGCUGACCUCGGGGAAAACACUUUCUCUAUCAGGGACAGACAUCUCAUGGCCAACAGCUUCAUUUUUCUCGUCGCCGGCUUCGAAACGACCGCUACGGCUUUGGCCUUCGUCAUGCAUACUCUGGCCAAGUACCCAGAUGAACAAGACCGCGUCUUUCGUGAGCUUACCGAAGUGUUCCCGGAGAAGAACCAGACCCUGACGUACGACGGCGUUCAGCAGCUGAAGCGUCUAGACAUGGUGAUACGCGAGGUCCUGCGCCUCUACCCGCCUGUGGUGCUCUUUGUCAGUCGGGUCUGUAGGGAAGACACCUCCGUCAUGGGCCAGUUCUUCCCUGCUGGCGCGAAUGUGCUGGUUCCGACCUGGCACAUCCACCAUAAUCCUGACGUUUGGCAGGAUCCUAACACGUUUAAUCCAGAACGGUUCAGCGAAGGAAAGAGCGCGCAUCACCCGGCAGCCUACUUGCCGUUUGGAAUGGGACCUAGAAUGUGCAUCGGAGAGAGGUUCGCGCUGCUGGAGCUGAAACUUGUCACAUGUCACGUCCUGCGAAGGUACAGGGUCACCACAUCUAACAGGACUCAUGAUCUGAUGGAGAUAACUGUGUCGUCUGUGGUGAUCAGACCAAAAGAAUGUAUUGAAGUCACCCUAGAGCUCAGAUAAAAUUCCAAACAAAUGCGUGCAAAAACAGCGAAACUUAAUGCUAUACCUCUUGCAGAUUUGGUUUUAUUGAGGUCCGACUGCACUUGGGUCUCUCAAUUAAAAUGCAUCAAGCAUUAAAAAAA